AUGCUGGAUUCUGGUGCUCAGCAAAUCAAUCCAGUGGAAGUGAAGAAACCACCAGUUAAACGCUGGCUUAAACCCCCUCUGGGUUGGGUCAAGUUGACGAUCGAUGGUUCUUUUAAGAGUGAUGAUGGUUCUGCAGGUAUUGGUAUGGUGCUACGUGACUAUGCUGGUACAACAAUUUUUUCAGCUUGUCGAUCCCUUGCGUCAUGUGAGCAGGCUCUAGAAGCGGAAGUCUCAGCCUGUUUGGAAGGCCCGGAGUUGGGGCUGCUUUAUAGUGAUUUGCCUAUCGUUGUUGAGUCAGAUUGUUCUCAGUUAAUCUCGUAUAUUUUGGCCAAUGAAAAAGACCGUUCGGCCUAUCUACAUAGUAUCUCAGAGAUUAAAGUUUUAGCUAGUGGUAGUAAAAUUUGCAACUUUGUAAAAGUAGACCGUAGUCAGGUGAGGAUUAGUCACUGCCUUGCUAAUUUGGCAAGAGCAGAGAAUAGAACACAAUUCUGGCUUGGUUCAGGACCUGAGUGUAUAGUGCAGGUGCUUGAGUCUGAGUCCCUUGUAAUCCCGUCUGAUUAA